AUGGCUUCCUCACUCACAGCCGAGCAGGAUCUGCUCAAUAAGCAAGAAAAGAGCGCCUCAGGCGGCUUCUCCCNNUUCUUCGGCGGCAAGCAAGAGAAAUACGAAAAAGCCGUAGAAAUGUACCGCACAGCCGCAAACGCCUACCGAGUAAAACUCACCUCCAUCGACGACCCUGAAACAAUCUCGCUCGCUGUAUCUCAAGGCGGUUCUGCGCUUGAAUCUGCCGCCAGAAUCUGCACCGAGAAUUUGGAAGAGCCGUUGGAUGCUGUUAACAUCUACAACGAGGCGUUUAAAUUGUAUCAUGAGGUGCAGCCAGAGAAAGCGGCUGUCAUGUUGGAGCAAGCUAUCCAGAAGCAAAAACAGUUGGGACGAUGGAGGCCAGCUGCCACGAAUACCGAGAGCUUGGCUACGCAUUACCAGCAAGUCUUGGGAAAUAACGCAAAGGCCAUCGAGGCAUACAAGGACACCCUCAAAUGCUACAAGCAAGACCCCGCGCCUGCGCUGGAGAACAAGAUCACUCUGGCAUUGUCAGACUUGCAAGCUUUGGAGGGCGACUACAGAAGUGCCAUCGAGGGCUACGAGACAGCAGCCGACAAGGCCCAGAACAACAAUCUUCUUGCCUGGAACAUCAAGAACUACCUCUUCCAAGCUGGAAUUUGUCACCUGGCCACUGGUCACACCCAAUUCACCUCAGCCCGCGAAUUCCAACUCCUCAACGACUUGAAGGAAGCCGUGGAAGCAGGAGACCAAGACAUGUUUGCAGACCGUCUGUUCCAAUUUGAUCAGAUGCAAAAGUUGAACAAGUGGCAGACCACAGUGCUGUUGAGGAUCAAGGAGAAGAUUGAGAGCCAGGAUGAGGAUUUCUCUUAG